UCUCUCCUCCUCCUCCUCCUCCCCACCGCCGAGCCCGGGCUGCCCAUCCCCUCGCUCUCGCCAUGCCCAACAUCGUGCUGUUCAGCGGCAGCUCCCACCACGACCUGUCCCAGCGGGUGGCGGACCGGCUCGGGCUGGAGCUGGGCAAGGUGGUCACCAAGAAGUUCAGCAACCAGGAGACCAGUGUAGAGAUUGGUGAAAGUGUGAGAGGAGAAGAUGUGUAUAUCAUCCAGAGUGGCUGUGGAGAAAUAAACGACAACUUAAUGGAGCUGCUCAUCAUGAUCAAUGCUUGCAAGAUUGCAUCAUCCUCCAGAGUGACGGCUGUAAUUCCAUGUUUUCCGUAUGCCAGGCAAGAUAAGAAAGACAAGAAGGGGUCCGUGGAGCGUUGGAGUCGUGCUCCAAUCUCUGCAAAACUUGUUGCCAACAUGCUAUCAGUUGCAGGGGCUGACCACAUCAUCACCAUGGAUUUGCAUGCUUCUCAGAUCCAGGGUUUCUUUGACAUUCCAGUAGAUAACCUGUAUGCAGAACCUGCAGUGCUUCAGUGGAUUAAAGAGAACAUUUUGGAGUGGAGAAACUGUAUCAUAGUCUCACCUGAUGCAGGUGGUGCAAAAAGGGUUACUUCAAUCGCUGACAGACUGAAUGUGGAAUUUGCUCUCAUUCAUAAGGAAAGAAAGAAGGCAAAUGAAGUGGACAGAAUGGUCUUGGUUGGUGAUGUGAAAGACAGAGUUGCAAUUCUUGUCGAUGAUAUGGCUGAUACAUGUGGCACAAUAUGUCAUGCAGCAGACAAGUUAGUAUCUGCUGGAGCUACUAAAGUUUAUGCCAUUCUUACUCAUGGCAUCUUUUCUGGUCCUGCAAUUUCUCGGAUUAAUAAUGCAUCAUUUGAGGCUGUCGUGGUAACUAAUACAAUCCCCCAAGAAGAGAAAAUGAAACAUUGCCCAAAAAUCCAGUUUAUUGACAUUUCCAUGAUCCUGGCUGAGGCAAUUCGAAGGACACACAAUGGUGAAUCUGUGUCUUACCUGUUCAGUCACGUCCCCUUGUAACGGCAGGAGACUGCAUCUUUGCAAAAGUCCCUUCAGCUAGCACUGUUGUUUUUAACAAUAUCUCAACCACAAGAAAUUUGUACCUUUGUACAAUUUCAGAGCUUAUAUGUUUAAUUAUUAUAUUUGUCUUAUAAUUACAGUUUUUUCUCUGUAAAUGGGCAAUAAAUCUCCAUCUUGCAGAAACUAUGAAUUCCCUUGAGAAUUUGGAAGUCUUGUGUGUUGUGUAUGUGCCUAUCCUCACUUUGCAUCAAACUGCUGCUUCAGAUAUGUUUUUCUAGACAGAACUACAUACUGUAUCUAGAAUUGAAAUGGAAGUAUGCGUGUAAGAUCAUUUUCUGUGUUAAACUAAAUGCUGCAGGCUUGGGUAUUUUGUAUCUAUUCAUCUGUCAGGCAAGCAGCUCUUGGGUUUUGUUUUGUUACGCUUAACUACCACGAACAGUAUUUUGUAUGCCCUAACAGAAUGUAAACUUCCUGUUAAUUUUGAGCAACUGUUGCCACAUCCAUAGUAUUAACUGUUUCAUACACUUCGUGUUCUCUUUUCCACAAUUAUAUAUGUGGCUGCUGCUUUCUUUUGUAAAGUUCUCAUUACAUUAAAUCAUUUGCUUAACAUCUCUUCUUAUUAGUUACUGACUUCUGCUGCAAGAUUAAUGUUUCAGUAUUCCUGGGAUUAUUAAUUUAAUGUGUUGCAAUAAUAAGGACCAACAUUUAAUCUCUUACCAGUGUGUUUUAAAUUUCAUUUUUCCUUGUAGUUUUUGACAUGCCUUGAUUGUGAUCAUAUGAAUAAAUUCAUAGCAGUUUUCCUGUUAUUAGUGUAAAGCUUCACUAUGCAAAGUUCAAACAAAAUUUAAACACAUUUGUAUUUAUACAAGCUGGUCUCUACCCACUUUUACUUGAUUAAAAAGUAUUUGAAAAUA